CUCAACAAGACUCAUGCCUGUAUCACACAUAAUCUGUCUGCAGUGCAUAUGCAGUCCGUGUGCGUUACGUAUGUGGUGCAGAAGCAGCACGGACUCAUACUCAUUGUGCUUUCACACAGGACGCGUUUGCAGUCCGCUACUCGGUACGUAAACGAUUACUGCACUGCUGCAGAUGCACCACUCCUGGAACGCACUGACGAACUGUAACCGCCUGAACGCUGGAAUCUGUUAACAUGGUUUCUAGAGACCAGUCCAUCAUGGAUGUGCUGACAGGACUUUUUCUCUACUGGCUUCAUAUUUUUUGCACUGGCGUGUUUGCUGAUGUCUGGAAGGUAACUGUAGAGUCUGAAAUGCAGGCUCUGGUCUCAUCUUGUGUCGUGUUGCCCUGUUCAUUCAAAUACCCCGUUCAAGAACAGCCAUCUGAUCGUAUUAGAGCUAUAUGGCACAUGAAGGACAACUGGGAUGAUAUUAUUUUUCACAAAGACACUACGAGGGUUAAAGACAGUUUCAAGGGUCGUACAAACCUGAUUGGUUCACUGGGUGGUUCCAACUGCUCCUUGGAGAUUGAUGAGGUCAAAAACCACGACAACGGGCCGUAUUGUUUCAGGGUGGAAUUAGAAACAUCUAAAAAAACCAAUUACUCCUUUGUGGAAAACUGUGUGUCGAUUAAAAUGAUCGAGCAAGCAUCAAAACCAGAGAUGCAGGCUGAGCAGUCUGUGCAGGAGGGUGAACCUGCCGUCUUCACAUGCUCUGUCCGGCACACCUGUCCAUCCCACCAGCCCACUCUCACCUGGAACCACACUGGAAAAGUCAUUAUGAGCUACAAGGACAUUGGUCAUGGAAACUGGGAAACACAGUCUGUACUGACCUUCACCGCUCAAAAAGAGGACGAUCACAGCCCUGUCGCAUGCACAGUUAAACACCAUGGGAAUGUCAAGGGAGAAAUGACAGCAACUCACCGUAUCUUUGUGAAAGAACAAGCAACUCUCAGUCACAUCCUCAUUCCAACCAUCUCUGGUCUUGGAGCUGCUCUUUUGGUUGGAGUACUGUGUUUCCUCAUUGUCAUGAGAUUCAAGAAGCGCAUUGCAGAUCUUGAAUCCAGAAAUGACAAUGGAAUGCGGAGACGACUAUCAAGACUGUCUCGCAGGUUUCGUUCAGGUGACAGCGGCAGUGUUCCUGGUGGCAGAGAGCAGAGGAGAGGUCAAGGGCAUCAAUUUGACAGGAAAUUUUACGUUAAGGCAAACAACAUAUGUACAGUGUCAGGAAACAAGCCUUUCUCCAAAGCUCGAAUGCCUUCACCAAAGAGUGUGGCCAAAUCAUAUUCUGAUUCCAAUUAUGAUGAUGAUUACAUCAACACAGCAGACCUUCAUAUGAAAUUAUAUGAAAAUGACAUAUUUUAGAUGAACACAGUAGACUUGACAUCAGGGGAGGAGCCUGUUCUAUAACUAAGUGUCGCUUUUUAAGCCUGACCUAAAAUGCCUACACAUGCAUAUUCUACAGUAUUGCUGUAUUUACAUAUUGCUAUGAUGUUUACAUUGCAUAAAAUAAUUUACAUAAUAGUUAUAAUGCUAAAUAUUUUAAUAUGUGAGAAAAAAUUUGAACUUUUAGCUGGAGUUAAUAUUGUCUUGUCCUGGAAUUUUUUCCCAUUAUGGCAUCAUAUAUUUACAAUAAAAGAUUACCUCUGCAGAAGCAGACCAACA